AUGGAGAAGCAGACGCACAAGGCGCAUCGCCCGGCUCAGUCUGGUGCAAAGGCUGACAAGAAGAAAGGAAGGGCAAAGGAGAAGCAGCACGGCUUCAACGAAAAGGCAUUCGCUCCCAAGUCCGGUCGCCGUGCUGACCGUCAGGGCCGUCAUAAAGUAGAACAGGACCAAACACGUCUCCAUGUUCCGCUCGUGAACCGUACACCCGACGACCAUCCUCCUCCGGUCAUCGUAGCCAUAGUCGGUCCCCCAGGUGUAGGGAAAACAACACUAAUCAAGUCUCUCAUCCGUCGACAUACCAAGCAGACUCUCAACCAUGUACAGGGUCCUGUCACCGUUGUCAGUGGCAAGAAGAAGAGGAUAACCUUCCUCGAAUGCAACAACGACCUUAACUCUAUGAUAGACGUCGCAAAGGUCGCAGAUCUCGUGCUGCUCAUGAUAGACGGAUCAUACGGGUUUGAGAUGGAGACCUUUGAGUUUCUCAAUAUUUUGCAGUCCCAUGGCUUCCCCAAGGUCAUCGGUGUUCUCACCCACCUCGAUCUCAUCAAGAAGGCCGCUACUCUUCGUGCCACAAAGAAGGCGCUGAAGAAGCGCUUUUGGACAGAGAUAUAUCAGGGCGCAAAGCUCUUUUAUCUCUCCGGUGUUCUCAACGGUCGUUACCCCGAUACCGAGAUCCUGAAUCUCUCCCGCUUCAUCAGCGUUAUGAAGUUCCGACCCCUCAUCUUCCGCAACACGCACCCUUACCUUCUUGUGGACCGUCUAGAAGAUAUGACAGCUCGCGAGGAGAUACGCCAGUCCAAGGGCAAGUGUGACCGCUCCGUUACUGUCUAUGGGUAUGUUCACGGGACAAAUCUCCGUCCUAAUACCAAGGUGCACAUUCCCGGUGUAGGAGAUCUAUCCAUGAAGAGUGUCGCUGUCCUCGGCGAUCCGUGUCCGCUCCCCGACGCUGACUCGGAGAAGAGGAGAAAACUGAGUGAGAAGAAGAAGUUGCUCGUGCACGCGCCCAUGAGCGAUGUCGGCGGGGUGAUGUACGACAAGGACGCUGUCUAUAUUAACAUACCAGGUAGCUUCACUAGAGGAAACACGGAUGUUCUCCAGGGAGAAGGGGAACGGAUGGUCAUGGACCUGCACGACGUCGAAUCUACCCUUGAAGACGCUGUCGCGAAAAGCCAGAUCAGGCUAUUCGGGUCGUCAUCUAAGCCCCUCGUGGUUGGUGGUUCACCGAGCGGACACCCGAAUGAGAGCGAGGACAAAGACGCCAGUGAAGACGAGGAGGUUGAUGACGAAGACUGGUCGAUUAGUGAGGAUGAUGAAGAUGACUCGGUGUCACUUCUAGACGAUGAAAUGCAGUAUGGUGGCUCGGAUGCUGAAGGAGAGUCCACUCAACAAGGUGAUCGAGGUCGUUCUAUUAUGCGUAACGUGCACCGCUCCAUGCGACAUCUAGCAUCCCAUGAUCGUCAGGGAGACAAAAUCGACUUUGCUGAGAGUGAUUCUGACAUGGGAUCAUACGGGGGAAACGAGGGAGAGCGCAGCAAGCGUGUUCACUUCGAUGGCGCUGACGAUGGUAAUCUGGAUGUUCCAACGGACGAUGAGCUGGGAGAAGAUUCUGAUGCAGAUGAGGUACCUCAGUGGAAGUCCAAUCUGGAUGCGAAUGCGAAGAACUCGUACGAACAGCACUCACGAAAAGGCAGAAGGAAGGAUUGGACCCGGUUGAUUUAUCAGACUUCAAUGACGGCCGACGAAAUCUUGCACAAAAGUGUCUCUACCUCCUCAGCAGAUCCUUCUACUGGCGGGCUUAUGACCAACGAGGACUUCUUCACUGUCGUGUCUAUGGGGCCGGCGGACAUCGAAGAAGUCGAUAUGACCAGUGAUCUCACUCGCUUGGAGAAUCUCAAGGAAUGGGAACAGGAGGAAGUGUUGGAUUCCAUCCGCAACCUCUUCAUAACAGGGGAUUUAGGCAAGACGCAGCCUUCACCCGGUGAUGAUGAGGAUCUCAUUCUCGACGACGACGGAGAUCUCAAAGUAGCAGACAGCAGCAACGAACAGGCGGGCGUUAAUACGGAGUCAGCACGGUCUGUUGCUCUUGCAGCGAAGAAAGUCGCUCUCAAACGCAAGUUUGACGAACAAUACGACGAUCCAGAAAGCUCCAAGCUGGACUUCUACGAAGAGCAGAAGGAACAGAUGUCCGUGCAGCUCGAGCUCAAUCGCGCCGCUUUUGAAGGUGUGGAUCUCGAAUCUCGCGCGAUGAUCGAGGGAUAUCGUCCAGGAUGCUAUGUGCGCAUUGAGUUGCUUGAAGUACCAUGUGAGAUGGUCGAGAACUUUGAUCCUUCCUAUCCCAUCAUCGUUGGUGGCUUACUACCGUUAGAGGAGCGCUUUGGAUAUACCCAAGCGCGAGUUAAACGUCACCGUUGGUCCUCGAAGACCCUCAAGACCAACGACCCCCUGAUCAUUUCUCAAGGGUGGCGGCGGUUCCAAACCAUCCCGAUCUAUUCGCUAGACGAUCAUUCCAUCCGCAUGCGUAUGCUGAAGUACACGCCGGAACACAUGCACUGUUAUGCGACGUUCUAUGGGCCUAUCGCUCUGCCAAACACAGGCUUCUGCGCUUUCAAUUCUCUGUCAGGAGAUGUCGUCGGCUUCAGAGUGUCUGCCACUGGCGUUGUGCUUGACAUUGACCGAUCUUCGAAGAUCGUGAAGAAGCUCAAGUUGACCGGUGUACCAUUCAAAAUCUUCAAGAACACUGCAUUCGUGAAGGACAUGUUCGGCAGCGCGCUGGAAGUGGCGAAGUUUGAGGGUGCCAAUAUUCGCACUGUAUCCGGAAUACGUGGUCAAGUGAAAAAGGCUCUUUCGAAACCGGAUGGUGCUUUUAGAGCAACGUUUGAGGAUAAAGUCCUUAUGAGUGAUAUCAUCUUCCUUCGAGCUUGGUACUCUAUUCAGCCAAGGAAAUUCUACAAUCCUGUGACAUCUCUGUUACUCUCUGAGAAGAGAGAGUGGGUUGGCAUGCGAUUGACUGGUCAGAUUAGACGAGAAGAGAAUAUCAAGACCCCUUUGAAUGCAAAUUCCACCUACAAAGCUAUUGCACGGCCAGCGCGUCGCUUCAAUACCCUCCAAGUGCCCAAGAAACUCCAAGCAGCUCUUCCAUAUUCAUCUAAACCCAAGUUGAUCAAACAGCAACAUCGCAAGACGUAUACGCAGAAGCGUGCGGUUGUGAUGGAGCCUGAAGAGCGGAAGACCAUCACCUUGCUACAGCAAAUCCGCGCUUUACGCAAGGACCAAAUUGUACGGCGGAAGGAGAAACAGCAGGAGCGCAGGACAUUACACCGGAAAAAGGUUGAGAGCGAAGAGUCAAAGAGAAGCGAGAAGGAAAGGGAAAAACGCAAGGAAUAUAUGAGAAUUGCAGGUGUAAGGAGCAAAAGAGAGAGCGACACUGAUUUUGACGACAGAGGAAGGAAGCGACCGAGGAUAGCGUAA